AUGUUCUUACGACGAUCUUCUAGAUUUCCUUCACUUACACCAAGGAGAUAUCAUAUACCAUCUCUCAGACACUAUUCAUCCAUUACCUCAACUAUCUCUCCUCAAAAUGGGUUUCCACACACGCCCACGCCCACCCCUCCCCCCUUCAGCACCUCUCCAACCUCCGAGCUUCCACCCCUCUCCAUAAUGCCGCUUCCUCUCCUCCUCAAAUCCUACCUCAUAACCUCCAUUCUUGCCUCCCCAAAAAUCAUCAAGUUCUUCCUCCCUCUCCUUAACAAGCUCGCAAAUUCCAGCUCAACGAUCUUAAAUCCCGAUAGAAAUCCAGUGUUACAUAUGAUCGUCCGGAAAUUCAUCUACGAUCAUUUCAUCGCCGGGGAAAAUGCUACUCAAGUGAGAGCUCGGGUGAAAGAAAUGAAGGGAUUGGGAUUUAGCGGGGUGAUAUUGGGAUAUGCGAGGGAAGUCAAUGUUUCUGGAGGAGAAGUGGGUGGAGAUGUAUCAGGGGUGAGCAAGGAGGUAGGGGAGAGAGCUAUCAGGGAAUGGAGAGAUGGACUCAUGAGUACCCUUUCUUUGCUACAACCUGGAGAUUUUCUUUCGCUCAAUCCCAAAAAUAAAUCCGCUAAGCCUCCCACCCCCAGAUUUUCCGGCGCAGGCCCGCUCGUGCUCCACGCUCUCCAAAAUGGCCUCCCCCCACCACCCCUGCUCCUCCAAUCCAUGCAUAUACUCCUCCGCACCGCCGCCUCCCAAUCUGCACGUAUCUGGCUCGAUGCAGAACAGCAAGACUUACAGCACACUAUCGAGUCAUGGACUAUCGAUCUCAUGCGCAUCUACAACACCGGAUCCCAAGCAUUACUCUACACAACCAUGCAAGCAUAUUUAAGAUCCACUCCAUCGAAUAUCCUAAGAUGUUUAAAACUUGCACAGAAAGAGAAUUGGGUACUGGGCAUAAAAUUGGUCAGGGGUGCGUACAUUGCUACCGAGAAGCGGGAGUUGAUAUGGGGGAGUAUUGAAGAGACACAUGAGGCAUAUAAUGGGAUUGCCGCUGGUUUGCUAAGUCUAUCGUAUCCUGGGAUAGAUGUCGAGAAGAAUACUGCAAUGACAGAAAAGACAGAGGAAAUGGGAAAAGAAAACGCAUAUCCACGCGCAGAACUGUUCCUCGCCACGCACAACGAAGAGAGUAUCAAAAAAGCCUACACACUCCAAAGCUCACGAAUCCUAUCCGGAAAACCCACCAUCGAAUUGGCGUUUGGACAGCUACAAGGCAUGGCCGAUGAGAUCAGUUGCAGCUUACUACAACUCCGUCGAAAAGAAUCCCAGGACUCGAACAGUACAUCAUCAGCUUCUAAAGGACUUGUGAAAUCAGAAGAGGAAUCCAGAUUAACGCAGGCGCUCAAACCAAAAGCGUAUAAAUGUAUGGUGUGGGGAUCUACGCAGCAGUGUUUACAAUUUCUACUGAGAAGGGUAAAGGAAAAUGGAGAUGCGCUGGGAAGGACGGGGUAUUGGGUUGAAGGGUUCAAGAGGGAGAUAUGGAGGAGAGUGAGAAGUUCUUCUGGGAUCAAGAGGAGGAGAGUUUUGGAGAGUGCGAAUGGAGGGAUGGCUCGGAAGAGGGUUUUAUGA